AGCAUACAAAUUUAUUUCACUUCUCUUUCAUUUUCACACUUUGAUCAUUCGUGUAUCUUUCACUCUCAUUUCUUCUCUAAACAAAAUCUCUCAUUUCCCUCAAUCUUCGCCAACAUGUUAGGCCUUCAAAAAAAAAAAAAAACAUUCUUGAUUUAACAGAUGCUUAGGAUUUUUUUUUCCUCCUAAAAUUUCGUUCUACUUUAGUGGUCUCUCCACUUUCUCCAAUGAAAAAUAUUUAAGAUUACUCUACUAAGCUAAUUAUGUCCCUUUUUCUUUACUUAUACAUGGAAAAGUCAUGAGUGUCAAGAAAAUCUUUAUGACCAAACCCCACUUUAAUAAAAUGUUUUUGAGUCAAUUUAUGUAUAGAACAUUGACUUGGUUUGUCUAUUCUCUAUGGGGUUUCUUGUGUUGGUUUGUGUUCAAGAUUUUCUUUUUCUUGGAGAAAUACAUUGACAGCAGGAUUAUGGAUGGUGAUGAUUUUAAGAGGAAUGAUUCAGAUUUUAGUGCCAUUAAUUCCCAAAAAGAUGAGCAAUUGGACUGCAAAAAUGACAAAAAAUUAGAAUUUGAUGAAACAGAGAGUUCUGGUUUUGUGCAGAGUAAGUAUGAAUAUAUAUCUAGGCAAGAUUCUUUUGGAUUUAUGGAGAAACCAGAAGCUACAAGUUUUUCAGUUCAAGAAAUGUUUGUGAAAUUUAAUGAAGGAGUUAUAAUGCCUGAAAAAGAAGAAAAAAAGGAGAUUGUUGAGAGUAUUCAUGAUCAUUCACAAAAUUCUGAGAAAAAAGUGUUUUAUUUCUCUUUUUUCAAUGAUGGAAAUAGUGGUCAUCAAGAACAUGCACAUGAUCAAGAAAAAACAGAGGUUUUUGAUGGAAAAGAAGCUAAUGAUCAAGAAAAAACAGUGGACCAUGUUGAAAAUAUUUGUUGUGAAGAAGAGAUUUUGAAGCAAAAUGAUGAAGUUUUUAGUGAUGAGGAAACACAGAAUUCUGAAGAUAUAUGUUAUGAAAUUCAAUUGUUUCCAAAAAAUCAAUCUUUAAGUCGAAUUUCGAUUGGAGAUGAGGCUUUCAUUACAAGUGAUGUAUCAUAUUCUGAUGGACAUCUCAAUGGAUUCUUGAAUAUUGAUCAGUUGAUGGAAGCUGACAAAGAAGAAAAUGAUGGCAUGGGGUUUAUAGAAUUGGAAACCUCUUUGCAUAAUUCAAGAUCUUCUAUUGCAACAGAUGAAUUUGCUUCUAAAAAUGUUGACACUGUUGAAGUAACAAAUGUGAACUGUGAGGAAAUGAAGUUAAUGGAUGAUUUUCAAGAAUCUCCAUCAUGGGAUACAGAUGAAUUUGCUUAUAAAAAUGUUGACAAAAUUGAAGAAACUGAGUUAAUGGAUGAUUUGCAAGAAUUUUCAGAUCAUAAUUCGAGUCGAAAAUCAUGGGAUACAGAUUCAGAUGAUGAUGAUGAAGAUGAAUGUGAUAUCUUAUUAGAACAUCAGAAUUUAGUCAAGCAAAUGAAAAUGGAAAUGAAAAAUUCAAGAAUUGCAGGGUUGCCUACUAUAUCAGAAGAUUGUGAAUCUCCUAAGGUAGUAGAAGAUUUGAAGCCACUGAAAAUUGAUGAAAAGAUUGGGUAUAAAGAUUGUAUGGAAGAAAUUCAGAUGUUUUACAAGAGCUAUGCUGAAAAAAUGAGAAAAUUGGACAUCUUGAAUUACCAGACAUUGAAUGCUAUCAGUUUCCUUCAGCUAAAGGAUUCAGAAGUUUUUUUGUCAAGCAAAAAAUCAUCAAUUUCAAUAACCAAAGCCUUUACUUUGCCAAGCUUCUUGGCAAACAAACAAAGGAAGAUCUUUGCUGAUCCUGCACUUAAUAAAUCCAUUAGUGAAAUGAAUAGAGACUUGGAAAUAGUAUACGUUGGGCAAAUUUGUCUAUCAUGGGAAAUUCUCUGUUGGAAAUAUGGUAAAGCAAAGGAAUUGCUAGAACAUGAUCCUCAUGAGUAUCACACAUAUAACCAAGUAGCUGGAGAAUACCAACAAUUUCAAGUACUUGUGCAAAGAUUUUUGGAGGAUGAGCCGUUUCAAGGACCGCGAGUCCAAAAUUAUGUCAGGAAGAGGUGCAUGCUCCGUAGCUUUCUUCAAGUCCCGAGCAUUAGAGAUGAUCGUUCCAAGGAAAAGCAGGGCGGACAUGAAGGGGAAAAAGAUAUCAUCUCCAUAGUGAAGUUGGCAGAAAUUAUAAAGGAGACAAUGCAGGUUUUCUGGGAGUUCCUUCGUGCUGAUAAACAUGAAGUUAAUUUGGCCUUGAAGGGUGUCCAGGGAACUCAAAUGGACAAUGCAGAAAUCGAGCUUUUUAUGAAUGUCAAAUUAGACUUUCAAAAGAAGGAGAGGAAGCUGAAAGAUAUACAAAGAAGUGGCAACUGCAUAGUGAAAAAGUUCCAAAAACAGCAACAAGGUCGAUUGAGUCAUUCAGCAUUCGCGUCGCUUGUGGAACUAAAAUUGAUCUCAAGAGUACUAAGUUUACCAAGAUUAAGGAGGGAUUAUUUACUCUGGUGCCAGAAGAAAAUAAGCAACAUCAAUGUUGCAGGCAGGAAAGUUAGCAUGGAGCAAUCUUUUUCCCUUUUCCCAUGUUAAGGACUGUGACCAUAUGUUUAGUUUUUAUUUGUAAAUGAAAGUCUUCUAGGACUAUAGUUCUAGGUUAUGUUAGUACCCAGAAAAAAACCUUAUACCCUUUGCUUCCCCUUGAAAAAAGUACCUAGAGGAGGAGAAACUUUAGCCUAAAAGAUCAAUGUUUUCUCACAGCUUUUGAAUAGAUUUAUAAAGAGGAACAAUGAAUAACAACUUAUUCUGCCAUAAUUUUGAGCUU